AUGCCCGUGAUAAAUCGCCAAUUUCUUGGCGGCGUCCUCCUCUUGGCCGGCCUAGCCUCCGCCCAGGGACAAGAAGACGUCGACCCCUUUGCGCCCGUCUACACAAGCUGUCCCUCAGGCUUGGCAGUGCGGUCAGCUUCAGAGGGACUCUCGCGCUCGGAAUCAUCUUGGAGGGUAAGCCGCGGCGAAAAGGUCAUCCCCGCGCUCAGCUCUUACCUCACAUUGGCGAAUAUUUCUGGAUUCGAUGUCCAAGGCUACAUUCAGCGUCUCAAUACCUCCAACUAUCCCGUCGUUGGUCUCUCCGUCUCCGGAGGAGGCACUCAGUCGGGUGUUGGAGGUCUUGGGAUAUGGCAGGCUUUUGAUGCCCGCAACUCGGCUGCCGUUGCUGCUCGCACGGGUGGUUUGACGCAGGUUCUGUCAUAUAUCACUGGUCUAAGUGGUGGAGGUGCCUUGACCGUGAGCACACUAGCUGCCAACGAUUUCAUAUCCAUAAGUGCUCUAAGAAAACAAAUCAACUUCACUGUCGAUUACACCCUGGGUCCGGACGGCAACAUCACCACCUAUCUGACAGAUAUCUUUGAAAAUGUUGGCGCAAAGGCAGAGACAGGACUUCCUGUCUCCGUCGCCGACGCCUUUGGCCAGUUCUGGGCAACCUAUCUCCCAGAGAACCGUACUUAUGGCAACUACUCUGAUCUUGCCCAAUCAGGAACCGUCUUCUCUUCAGGCGAAGCCCCAAUGCCCAUCAUAGCUCUCUCUGAGGUCAUCCCCGGACAGUCACCCACAAUCGGUGGCAUCAUGUGGCCUGGAAGGAACAACACCAACGGAUUCAAUCUGACUUCCUACGAAGUGACACCCUUUGAGUUCGGAAGUUGGCGAGGCGGAAGAAUCCAGGCUUUCAUGCCGACAAUGUACCUUGGAACCUCCAUGUCCAAUGGCACGGCCCAGAACAGCAGUGAGUGCGUUCAGGGGUUCGACAAGUUCACCUUCAUUCAGGGGUCUACAGCCGACGCUUUUGACGCGUGGUUCAUCGACGACUGGUACGAUACUCCAAUAUUUGCCAAGCGAGCGCUCAAUACAGGCCCGCCAAACACCUCGGUCAUCGUGCCUCCCCCUCAGUUCGAAGACGACGGGCGUGUGAUCCUCGUCAACCAGACGGCCGAGUCCUUCAACCAGACAUUCAACGAGUCUCUGUGGGCCACCUACCCGAACCCCUUUGAGAACUACAACCCCGCCAUGCAAGGGAUCGACGAGCUCCUCCUCGUUGACGGUAGCCUCGGCGGGGAGACGAACCCCAUCCGGCCCCUCAUCAUCCCCGAGCGCCAGGUCGACCUGGUCAUCGUCUACGAGGCCUCCUCAGACGCGCAGUACAAUUGGGUCAACGGCACCAACCUCGUCAACACGGCUCAGUCGGCGGCCCAGGGCAACAUUCCCUUCCCGCGCAUCCCCGACGUCGCGACGCUGGUGACGCAGAACCUGACCAAGCAGCCCACCUUCUUCGGCUGCGACGCCGCCACGUCGCCGCCUACGCCGCUGGUGCUCUACCUGCCUAACUCGCCGUGGUCCGGCUACAGCAACUUUUCCUUCUUCAAGUCCUCCUUCACGGACAACGAGUUCGACCUCACCGUCGACAACGCCUUUAACCUCGCAACCUACGGCAACGGUUCGGUAGAUGCAGCGUGGCCCGCCUGUCUCGCCUGCGCGACGAUCCGCGGAAGUCUGAUCAGGGCUGGUGUCGACCUGCCGGAGCAGUGUCAGGAGUGCUUCCGCCGCCAUUGUUGGAACGGACAGGUUGCCAAUCGUACCAUCACGGCGGACGAUCUCGAUCCCAAGCUCAGACUCAAUUCGAGCCUGUCAUUUUCGGAGUGGAAUCAGACAUACUGGAGCAGUCAGAAGACCACGGGUGGUGCCGGCGGCGGAGGAAGUGGCGGGAACAGCGGCACCGGGACCGGAGGCAAUGGCGGUGGUGGUGCCUCAUCCACACCCUCGGCUUCGGCCACGGCGAGCCCCUCUGGUGCAUCGAGUUCGGCCGAACUUGCACGAGUGGCGACUGCCGUGACUGUGGCUUCUCUUGUUGCUCUGAUAGCAUUGCUAUAG